UUCUCAUUCGCUGCACAUUUCACUUCUGUCAUUUUUUGUUGUUGUUUUUGUCUCGUGUCCUCUCUUUUCCGUUCCAUUUCCUCUGCCUUUCUUCUCUGUGAAGAUGAGUUUUUGCUAGUAUCAGCAGCUGAAGAAGAAGAAGACAGCGCCUUCGCAUGGCGAGUCAACUCGGAGCUAACUCAACUCUGGGUCUCGCUAUUUACCCUUAAGCUGGUCGUCAAGAUCGCCGUCUCUCUCGCUCUGCCAGGGAGUUUUCAUCUUGACAGCAUUUUGUUUAAAGUUUUCAUCUUGACAGCAUUUUGUUUGACCUCGUGGAAAUUCAGGUUCCGGCAUCGGAGAUUGCUUCACUUUGGUAUGGAGAACGAGGCACCGGAUGCUAUGAAUCUCGAUUUGAAUCUCGGCCCUGGCCCAGACACAGAGUCAGAAGAAGCAAUAGCUAGUGAAGGUGCGAACUUGGAUGAUUGGGUUAAUGAUAACCCUAUCGAAAGAAUAAGGCAAGCUGUCAGAGUUCGAGCUAGGCAGCGUUGGAGAUGGCGACAAGUCCAAUUCCCGCGCGAGAGGCAAUCACUUUCGGUGGAAUUGAAUCAAUUGAUAGGCGAUUCUGCAGGUUUGAGCGGCUUACAAGCUGGUGAAGGCAGUGUAGCAGCUGAAGAACGUUCCAAUGAAGACCUCAAAAUGUGUGAAAACGCCAACAUGUUUCUAGAAGACCAAGUGUCUGAAAAUAAGGAUAACGUCGAGAAGGGAAGUGGCACUGAUGGGAGUUUUUUCGAUUGCAAUAUUUGCUUCGUCCUGGCUUCAGAUCCUGUUGUUACUUGUUGUGGCCACCUCUUCUGUUGGGCAUGCCUUUAUAGAUGGUUAAAUAUCCAUUCAGAAGCAAAAGAAUGCCCUGUAUGCAAGGGGGAGGUCACCAUCAAGAAUGUGACCCCAAUAUACGGGCGAGGUAAUAAUAAUUCUCGUCCAUCUGAAGACGACUCCAGUCUUGAGAUCCCAAGCAGGCCACAGGCGAGGCGAGUCGAGAGCCUGAGGCAGACCAUUCAGAGAAAUCACUUUCACUUUCCAAUGGAAGAGGUGAUUCGGCGCCUCGGAAGUAGACUUGAGAUGGUGGGAGAGUUGACUCCAUCUCAAGAUCCUAGUGGGGUCCGUGACAUAACUGAUAGGAGUUCCUUUAUUAAUAGGUUGAUGACAUUCAGGGGAGCCCGUGCAGAGCAAACUUCAGUCCCAAAUCCUAGCGAGGUAGUGGAUUUGACACACAGUGGGACAAGUAGUCCCGAGGGAGGAGUAAGAAGCCGCCGGCUUCACUCUCUGUUGCUUCGGAGGUCCCAAUCACAUGCUCAAAGAGCUUCAGCUCACAGUUCACUAUCGGCUGCUUUUAAUACUACUAGUGAAAGAAUGGUCGAGCUUCUAAGAAACCAUCCCAUAGUGAGGAAUCAGGAACAAGCUGUUGAUGACAGGGAUUCUUUCUCGAGCAUUGCUGCAGUUAUAAACUCGGAAAGUCAAAUGGACACUGCUGCUGAAAUUGAUUCCAUGGUGUCUCUUUCUACCUCUUCUUCCAGAAGAAGGAAUGAUAGCUCGAGAGCCUCUGAUGUCGACAGUGGGGAUUCUCGUGCGCCUAGGAGGAGGAGGUUAAACUAG